UCACGUCACUGUCAAAUCGACGUUAGCGGGAGCAUGGAGGUGUUGGUGUAGCGUCUCUGUUUAUUUUAAAUUACUUGUGUUUGUCGCAUUACUUUAUUGAAUUAGUGAAAAUUAUUGACAAUAGUGUUAUUGUGAGUUUUCAAGAUGUUGGUGCUAUUCGAAACGUCGGCGGGUUACGCUAUUUUCAAGUUACUGGACGAGUCAAAGUUGUCACAGAUUGAUGACUUGUACCAAGAGUUCAACACACCCGAGGGGGCUUCUUCAGUGGUGAAACUAAAAAAUUUCAUUAAGUUUGAAGACACCGCUGAGGCUCUUGCAGCUACCACCGCAGCUAUUGAAGGCAAAGUGUCCAAACCACUGAAGAAAGCUCUCAAAAAGUACAUCAGCAAGGAAGUACAGGACCAGCUCCUCGUGGGUGAUGCCAAGCUAGGAAGUGCCAUCAGAGAAAAGUUUGACUUGCAAUGUGUGUCCAACAACAAUGUUCAGGAGCUCCUCAGAUGUAUCCGCUCACAGAUGGACAGCCUGCUGGCAGGUCUACCCAAGAAGGAAAUGACAGCUAUGGCUCUUGGUUUAGCUCAUUCACUCUCCAGAUACAAGCUCAAAUUCUCCCCGGACAAGAUUGAUACCAUGAUUGUUCAGGCACAAUGCUUACUCGACGAUUUAGACAAGGAACUUAACAACUACGUCAUGAGAUGCAGAGAGUGGUACGGGUGGCACUUCCCUGAACUGGGCAAGAUUAUCACUGACAACACACUCUUUGUGAAAAUAGUCAAACUGAUUGGAACCAGGGACAAUGCUUCCCAGACAGAUCUGUCAGAUAUUCUUCCUGAAGACUUGGAGGAGAAAGUGAAGGAGGCAGCUGAGAUCUCCAUGGGUACUGAGAUAUCUGACGAUGAUAUCUUGAACAUACAGAACCUGUGUGAUGAAAUCAUCUCUAUCACAGACUACAGAACACAUCUGACAGAUUACUUGAAAGCUAGAAUGAUGGCCAUGGCACCCAAUCUGACUGUGUUGAUUGGUGAACAUAUCGGAGCUAGGUUAAUUGCACAUGCUGGGUCUUUGAUGAACUUGGCUAAACACCCCGCAUCUACAGUACAGAUCUUUGGAGCUGAGAAAGCCCUGUUCAGAGCCUUGAAGACAAAGAAAGACACACCUAAAUAUGGUCUUAUUUACCAUGCUCAGUUAGUUGGCCAGUGUAGUACUAAGAACAAGGGUAAAAUGUCGCGUAUGUUGGCGGCGAAGGCAGCUCUAGCGACGAGGGUGGAUGCUUUCGGAGAAGACGUGUCUUUCGAAUUAGGAGCUGAACACAAAGUGAAGUUAGAGAACAGAUUGAGGCUGCUUGAGGAAGGUAACCUGCGGAGAAUCAGUGGAACUGGCAAGGCAAAGGCGAAGUUUGAAAAGUACCACAGCAAGAGCGAGGUGUUCCACUACCCAACGGCUGGAGACAGCACCCUGGGUCAGAAGCCAGUGAAGCGAGAACACUCACCUGAUGAGGACGGUCCCUCAGUCUCCGCCAAGAAGAUUAAACUAGAAGAUGGUGCUAAUGAUGUAACACCAAAGAAAGAAAAGAAAAUUAAAGUAGAAGUUAAAGAAGAGGCUGAGAACAACAGCCAUGAGGAGCCAGUCUCAGAGAAGAAGAAGAAAAAGAAAAAGAAAUCGGAUGUCCAACCCGUGGAGGAGGCAGAGGAGGCUGUAGAGGAACCUAAGAGUGAAAAGAAGAAAAAGAAGAAGCGGCAAUCACAACCUGAGGAGGAAUAAGUUAUAAUAUAAGGAAUAUUUGAGGACCCACCACCACCAUCACCUCGCAGAUAUGCAAUGUAAUUAGUCAGCGCUAAGUCAGGUCUGGAAAGAAAAUAUUAGUUUUUUUUUUAUAUGUGGUUGACUAUACUGCCAGUGUCAAGCUUGUUAAUACCUAUUAUAAUCUGUGGCAUGUGCUGUGUUACCUGUAAACAGGUAUAAAGUGUCAUGUCAAGUUUUACUUAAAAUAUAGCAUUUUGAUAAUACAUGGAGUUCUGCUGACCUUACGGGUACGUACAUUAGUACCUUAGAUUUAUAGAUAGAUAGGUAUACCAUGUGUAGGAUGGACGAUGAGAAAUCCUACAGUGAAGGAGUUGUUGCGUUCUAUUUUAUAAGUGAAAAUGUAUUAUAACACCGGUUAUAAUUAAAGAUUAUAUUCGUA